AGACUUUUGGAAACCACACUGCGGUCAGUCUUAUCAGUUAGGGAGGUCUUUGUUUGCGGCGGCUGAGACUGCUACACAACCUCGGAGAUUUCAAACCACAAACGCAUACAAAGUGUUCACGUUUGAAGACAACAAGAAAAACACACCGGAGUCCCUUUGUGUUUCCAUACCGGAGGUUCUCGAUCCCCAGUAUGGGAUGUAUGUGUGGCCCUGUGCAGUGGUGCUGGCUCAGUUUCUAUGGACACGGAGAGAAGAGCUGAGAGGCAAGACACUGCUGGAGCUCGGUGCGGGUGUGAGUCUGCCGGGCGUGGUGGCUGCCAGGUGCGGGGCAUCGGUGAUCCUGUCCGACAGCGCUGAGACGCCGCGGUGUCUGGAGAACUGCCGGCGCAGCUGUGAAGCCAACGGCCUCGGCCAUGUUACCGUGUUGGGUCUCACCUGGGGGGAAGUCUCGCCGGAUCUGGUUCUGCUCCCGAAGCUGGACGUCAUCUUGGGAUCAGACGUCUUCUACGAGCCACAAGAUUUCGAAGACGUCCUCCUGACUGUUGCUUUUCUUCUGAGGAAAAACCCCAGCGCUCAGUUCUGGACCACGUACCAGGAGAGGAGUGCUGAUUGGUCGAUUGAAGUGUUGCUCCAGCGGUGGGGGCUGACCUGCGUCGACGUUUGUCUGGAAACCUUCGGCGCCGAUGAAGCUGAGCUGGCUGGAUCCACGCUGCCCGGAAACAAGAGCAUCCUCAUGAUGAUCAUCACCCUGAAGACAGGAUGAACAAAUAAACAAGAGUUGUCAUGACUACCACACACUCAAUGGGCCCUAUUUUAACGAUCUGAGCGCACGGCGUGAAGCGCCUGGCGCAGGUGCGUUUAGGGCGUGUCCAAAUCCACUUUUGCUAGUUUGAC